CCCGGUGGGAGCCGGUGACCUCACAGAGAGGCUCUGCAGGAAGCUCUCAGUCAUGACUGCGUGAGCAGAGAGACGGUGAGCAGGGCGCAGAGCGACACCUUCUCUAACCAUCUCUUCAAACUUCCACCGGCGACCGAGCCUCAAUCUGCUUUCUGGUCUAUUGUGUGUGUGUGGGAAAGGGAUUCUUUGCGGUAUCAGAAAAUGUAUGUGGUGGAGAAGAAAACGGGACUAGUUUGACCGGAUUACAUGAGGGUGGAAUGAAGUUUUUUUUGGAAAGAUUUGGUGCGAGUUGGACUUCUGGUGCCAGGGGGGGGGGCCCUAUUAUUGCAAUGAGUUCUUGUGAUUUAGUUUGACCCGCCUGGUGUGAAUUUUUUCGUGAUGGCAAACCUCACCAUGGUCAACGUGACUGUGGAGAACGGCACGUCGGUGCAGGACAAUCAAACCCUGGGUGUUUGGACCGACUACACGGUCGAAUACAAAGUGGCCAGCGUGUUCCUGGUGUCCCUCAUAUGCGGCUUGGGGAUCGUGGGCAACGUGAUGGUCAUACUGGUGGUCCUGACCACCAAGCACAUGCGGACCCCCACCAACUGCUACCUGGUGAGCCUGGCCGUGGCUGACCUGAUGGUGCUGACAGCCGCCGGGCUGCCCAACAUCACCGACGCACUGUACGGCCAGUGGGUGUACGGCUACGCGGGCUGCCUGGGCAUCACCUACUUCCAGUACCUGGGGAUAAACGCGUCCUCGUGCUCCAUCACCGCCUUCACCGUGGAGCGCUACAUCGCCAUCUGCCACCCCAUCAAGGCGCAGUUCCUGUGCACCCUGUCCAGGGCGAAGAAGAUCAUCAUGGUGGUGUGGUGUCUCACCUCCGUGUACUGCGUAAUGUGGCUCUUUCUGUCCGACACCAAGACGUCGGCGUACGACAACGUGGUGCUGCUCAGCUGCGCCUACAAGGUGUCCAGGACUUACUACCUGCCCAUUUACUUCACGGACUUCGCGGUGUUUUACGUGCUGCCCCUCAUGCUCGCCACGGUCCUGUACGGACUGAUCGCGCGGAUACUUUUCCUCAACCCGCUGCCUUCGGAUCCCAAAGCCGCCGGCGGCGGCACCAAGAAGUGGAAGAAGGAGACGGGUCAGGGGGGGAGGAUGAUCGGCAGCUGCUCCUCCAGCAGCACCACGGCUGCCUCCCGCAGACAGGUGACGAAGAUGCUGGCUGUGGUGGUGGUCCUCUUCGCCUUACUUUGGAUGCCCUACCGCACCUUAGUGGUGGUCAACUCCUUCCUGGACAAGGCCUACCUGGACACCUGGUUCCUGCUCUUCUGCCGUCUCUGCAUCUACCUGAACAGCGCCAUCAACCCGGUCAUCUACAACGCCAUGUCCCAGAAGUUCCGUGCCGCUUUCAAGAAGCUGUGUCACUACGGCCCCCAGCGCAUGGAGAAGCCGGCCUCUUACAGCGUGGCGCUGACCUACAGUGUCAUCAAGGAGACGUCCAACGGGGAAAGUCCCGACCACUUCGCUACAGAAAUGGACGACGAGCUAAACGCACCGACAGAGCGGUACUUACCCGCCAGCAUCCUGCCAAGUGCCAAGAAGAGACCGUUUGCAGAGCCUUCGCUGUCAGGUGGUGAUGUCAAAGCCUGACUGAAAACAAUCUUUCCACCCAAGGAGGAUAACAGAGAGAGCUGCAGAAUAGGUUCAGUCACCAAUGGGACAUUUUAGAGAAGUUUUAAAUACCCCGACCUUCCCCUUUCAAUUCAAGUUGCCGAAAGCAAAAUAGGAUGCCAUUUGAUGACUGUUAGCAUUUCAAAAAAAUAAAAUAAAUACAGGGAACUUUCAUGAAUCUUGCAAAAAUACAGUUCAUUAAUAAACUGAUAAAGCAAACUGAAACUAAAUUGAAGCAAACUGCUUCCAUCCACUUCCCUCUUCUUCUCCCCUAUAAACAGAUUCAGACCCUACAAAAUGUCACGCUAAACAGAGAGAAGCUUCAGUAAUGGAUAUCAUAACAUUUAAUCACGAUAUUUAUAUUGGUAUUUAUCAAGAAUUAUGAAGUUCUUGUUGAGCUCAAGAUUCACUUGUAGGAUGCUGAAGAGAAAAUAAAUGAAUGAAGAAUCAUCUAAUCUGCAGACGUAAUAGACGUAAAAGUUAAGUGAUUAAAUUAUACUAAAAUAAACAUAAAAUGUUCAGUCCUGUCAGUCUAUACCUCUGAAUCCCGCUGUGUGAAAUGUUUACAGCCAUGGAGCGUAUAUCUUGGGUCAGUUACGUUCGUCAGUGUAAUAAUGUUACAGUUUGUUGAGGGUCCCGCUACUGGUUCCUGCCGGCGGCUCUAAUUACUGGUGAGAGUACAAGCGUCUGUGCGUGUUAUCAGAGGGUGAUGCUGCAGGUAAAUUAGCAUCUGACUUCCUGUUAACAGUACACAUCACCUAUCUGUUUCGUGUCAGACCUUAUAUUACAUCUGACUAACCCUGUGUGGGACAGUUUCAUCAACGUUGUGGCCCAAAGGGGGUCUAAAGCAUUAUUUGCACUGCAUGAUAAAUAACAGGUACCCCCUCGUGGGGUAAAACUCAAACUGCCGUGACAUCACCUUCAACGUGCAACUCAUUAGAUCCUGUCAACCAAACAGAGGAACGUCUGGACUUCGUCAAUUUUCGUAGUUUUGCGGGCUGCCAUUUUUUUAUAUCUUUGUCGAGUGAAUACAAAAAUCUCGGUCGCUAUUGACAAUAGCUUGGCUAUUUAAAAAUGAUGGGUUUGUGCAUGAUGUUCUGAUUCUCUCCGACCAAUCAGUGGUCUGCAGUAUUUGAACCUCACCUUCUAGCUUGGCUUGGCUGGCUUGGCUGGCUUGGAACCUUGACGGAGGUGGUACCAAAAAAUAGUUUACUGGGUCCUAUUCACAACUUCUGCUAAUGGAACCCCCCCCCCCCCCCCCCCAAAA